AUGACCGUCACAACCAUGCCGCAGCCUACUGAGAAAGAGAAGAUGCUUCGCGGGGAGCUCUACCGAGCAUUCACGCCAGACUUGAUCGCUGCUCGUACGCGCUGCAAGCAGGCUUGUAAUCGGUUCAAUAAGUCGGACGAGGUAUCUCGUCGGCAUCUCGUUGGAAUGUGGAGAGAUAUCACCGAAGACAAGACCCCUCUGCCACCGAAACUGGAUGACCCCGCAGCUGACGAUGCUCUUUUCGAGCAGGAGCCCUGGGUUGAAGCUCCCGUCAAGAUAGACUACGGGUUCAACGUCAAGCUUGGAGCGGGUGUCUUCGUCAACUUUAACUGCGUCUUCGUCGACACGUGUCCUAUCACAGUUGGGGCACGUACUUUGUUCGGUCCUAAUGUCAACUUGUUCUCCGGGACUCAUCCGCUUGAUCCUGCUCUGCGCAAUGGUCUUGAAGGCCCUGAGACUGGCAAGCCGAUUGUUAUCGGGGAGGACUGCUGGCUCGGCGGGAAUGUGAUUGUACUUCCUGGCGUCACUAUUGGCAGAGGUGUGACUAUUGGAGCUGGAAGUGUGGUCACUAAGGAUGUGCCCGCCUUUCAUGUGGCUGCUGGUAACCCAGCUAAGAUCAUUCGCCGGAUUGAAACGACAAUGAAAGAGUGA